UUUUACGUGGAUCUUGACAUUUGCUCUAUUAUUGCAAUACGCUGGCCUGGCUAAUGUUAAAGGUUUCAGCGUCCAGCUAAGGAAGCUGCCGUGUUCCCUAGUGCAAGCAAUAACCGAUCAAAACUGGACAACACAGCGGCUGCCUGCCCACCGACACGCAAAGCGCACCACGUGCACAAGAGGGGGAGUUUGGAUCGCUAUAAGUAGCUGUGGAAGCAGCGGGCAGGUGUGUGCAGUUGCCUUAGGUUUGGGGAUGCAGUGGGCUUGCCCUGCGGGGGAUGGGAGGGGUGUGUGUGUGUGCUGGGUUUGGGUAUUUCAAAGGUGGUAACUCUAUCUGCAAUGAGCAGCUGACCCAGGCUCUGAGACGACUGCCAGGGUGGUAUUGUGUGCAGUGUAGAUGUACUCUGGGAGGUCUGGCUGUGUGUGGAACUAUCCAUGGCUCCUAUCCCUGUUACUUUCAUCUGCCCUCUUGGUUUGUGACACUCACAUGCGGCGUCUCAUCUCAACUAAGACCGUAAGCUCCUAGACCAGGGACUGCCUUUUGCCAUGUCUGUACAGCACCUAGCGCACAGUUCUCCUGCCCGGCUGGGACACUGCUGUUGGAUAAUUAAUAAAUACCCUGAGCGGGACUGGCUGGUAAUGGUUGCUGUAAGGACUGGGGCAGGGGGCAGUCUGAUAGGUGUUAGCAGGCCUAGAGGGUGCGCCUGAGGCUGGCCCAGGGCUUCCAAUCGGGCCGGUAGCUGUGAGGGGGCGGGGCUGAUGCCACAGCAGCCUCUACCAUUGGUGGGUGUGAGGGGGCGGAGCCUGCCAUGGAAGGGAAUGACCCGGGCGGUUGGGAGAAGAAUGUAGCCAGCCUCGCUUUGGAAACCAGCCAGGCCCUGGGACCGGCUCCCCGGCAGCAGGUGACGAUGGAGAGGCGAACGUCGUCCGGCAGCGAGUACUCAGGGCUGUUAGCCAUGGUUGCCGCGGGCAACCUGCCCGUGCGCUCCGACCACGAGCAGCUGUGGGAGCUGUCGAUGGCCACCCAGUACAGCCUGGCUGCAGCCACGUGCCAGUGCCUUGCCGUGGCAGCCCUGUGCAUUGCCGUCUCCAACCUUGGCUGGAUCAUGCUGGAAACCACCGAUCACGAACCUCUGCAGAAGAGGUCGGAGUUCUGGGUCGCCAUUUACAUCUUCGGGGUGCCCAUCCGUCUGAAGUCCCAGCAGUGGUUGAACCAAACGAGCUACUCAGAAGACAUUAUUCUCCUGAGGCCGAAUCAAUGGGUCUUCAUACAUCUGAUGCUGGGAAUGUGUUUCCUGGGUGUGUUGACUGGCUUCGUGGCUUUCCUCCUUGACUUCAUAGAGAUAAAGAAGCUAGGAGUGGCGCGUUUAAUCAUUUCAAGUUUCCUACACAUAUUGUCAGCUGUUCUUUGUGCGUUAGUGCUGGUGUUUUGUACUUGGCUCUUAACGAUAAUCCAAACAUCGAAAACCAAGGAACUGUUAAAGGUAUACCAUUAUGCAUCGUCCCUGGGAGAAAGUUUCUACUUAACCAUCGGCGGGUUUAUUUUAGCAAGCCUCGCAUCCAUCUUUAGCAUCUGGUCACUGAAGCUCUAUGAAAAAGACUCCCCUCCGGUUGAGGACGUGGAGGAGAGCACAAUCAAAUCAAGCCACCAAUUUCGUACAAGUUCUCGACAUACCGUGGUGUUCUCUUGAAGUCCAUGAGCAACACCAAUUUAGAGCCGCUGGAGAGUUUGACCUGUAUUUCUAGAAGUCUGUUGCAAGGCAGUGGGUGCCAGAUGUAACUUUAUCAUCCUAUGAGAUGCAUAUGGUCAUUUCCAUAGGCUGUUUUCAAACUGUAGAGCAGAGAAAUAGAAGCCAGUAAGCCAUAUAGCUAAAGUUUUCUAUAUGUUACUGCUCAGAAACACCUUGGACCUUUUGUACCUUUGAAUAGUCAUUGAAAAAAAUUCCAUAGAUGCACCCUCUGCAGUGCCAUUUUUUAAUAAUGAUUAAUCUGUCGUCCAUUAUAUUUAUUUAUUACGGAGGCUGAGAGA